AUGUUCACCUACACACACCGGGUUCAUCAGCGAAGUGGGCACCUCCACAUCCGGAGGAGAAAGUCGCUGCCUGGAGAUCUCGUCGGCUCUUCGCACCACCUGGACCACCCUGCGUGCACACAGCAGCCCCCGCCCCGCGCCCUCCUCCCUCGCUCCCGGCCGGCGCUGCAGUGGCGGCCCUACACAGCCGGGCCCCCGCGCCGGCGGCCGCGGGGCUCCCAGGCCCUCGGGCUCACGUCACCGCAGCCCAGCCAGGUGUCUCCAGAGGCUCACCUGAGCUCGGGCAACAGCCAGGACACCGGUGAGCCCCAAAUUCGCCAGGUGAACGGGGGACUGGACACCACCUGGUCGCGACAAGCGCACGACUCCUGCUUCCCGUCCUUUCCCAAGAAUCGGGUGUCACAGGGCGCCCUGCCGACCGCGCGCAGCGCCCCCGCCCCCACACGCGGAAACGAGCCGAGCAGCAGGAGGGAACGGCCGGCAGCGCCGCGGACCGGAGACAGGAACGGACGCGCGCGGCCAGAACUCGGGCCGACCCUCGACCUACCACGACCUCCAACCCGCAGCCUGGGGGCGCGAUCGCGGCGAGAGAAGCAGAGCCAAGCCCGAGCCCGUCCCUGCCGGCGGCCCGGCCCCGCACCUGUUGGCCCCGGUCGGCUCCCGGGCAGCCUCCGGCGCCCUCGGCGGCCGCGCAGGGGAGCCCCCGCGUCCAGCUCGGCCAGGCGCUUUGAGCGGGGAGCACCUGCUGGUCGCGACGCUCCCGCCUCUCCAGGCGCCGCCGGCAGCCGGGGCGCGGUCCCCCAGCGCAGAGCGCAGCGCCGCCGCACACUCCCGGGCCGGGCUCGGGGCCCCGCGGGGAGACGCCUGGCCGGGAGCAACCCACCUGCGGACGGACCCCGGGUCUUCGGCUUCCCGGCUCUUUGCCGCGCGCCACCAGCGCGACCCGAGAACAGGCGGCCGCAGCGCGCGAAGACGGAGAGAAAAACCCGCCCGACCCGCCGGGCGCCUUGUUUAUACUGA